AUGCUGGUGGCGGUGGGGGCGCUGGUGGCAUGGGUAAGAAGUCACUGAAAAUUCUUGAGAAAAUACAUAUUUUAUUUUGCCUUGCUUUUAUUUGGCUUUAUAGAAGCUUGUUUUGAUUUUGAUACAGACUGAAGUUUUGGAAUGAUACACAAAUAUGGUCUAUAGAUGUCACCUAUCAGCCACAACACAUUAUAGCAGUGUACCAUGAUAUUGAACCUGGUACUAUUCAAAUUGAUUAUUAGAAGUUUGUUGGCCAGGAAUACAUUUGAACAUGAAACCUAUUUCUGAAUUGUCAAUGUAUUUUUUGUUGUUGUUCAUAGUCGUCAAAGAAACAGUAACCACAACAACCCGGUUGACAUCACUGCCGCCAAGUAAGUUUUGUCCUCUCUGAAGGUUUUCAUCAUUUAUACACAUUACAUUUACAUUUACAUUUACAUCAUUUAGCAGACGCUCUUAUCCAGAGCGACUUACAAAUUGGUGCAUUCAACUUAGUGGGACAACCACCUUUUUUUAUGGGGGGUGGGGGAAGAAGGAUUACUUUAUACUAUUCCAGGUAUUCCUUAAAGAGGUAGGGUUUCAAGUGUCUCCGGAAGGUGGUCAGUGACUCCGCUGUCCUGGCGUUGUGGGGGAGCUUGUUCCACCAUUUGGGUGCCAGAGCAGCAAAUAGCUUUGACUGGGCUGAGCGGGAACUGUGCUUCCGUAGAGGUAGGGGGGCUAGCAGGCCAGAGGUGGAUGAACGUAGUGCCCUCGUUUGGGUGUAGGGUCUGAUCAGAGCCUGAAGGUAAGGAGGUGCCGUUCCCCUCACAGCUCCGUAGGCAAGCACGAUGGUCUUGUAGUAGAUGCGAGCCUCAACUGGAAGCCAGUGGAGUGUGCGGAGGAGCGGGGUGACAUGAGAGAACUUGGGAAGGUUGAACACCAGACGGGCUGCAGCAUUCUGGAUAAGUUGAAGGGGUUUAAUGGCACAGGCAGGGAGUCCAGCCAACAGUGAGUUGCAGUAAUCCAGACGGGAGAUGACAAGUGCCUGGAUUAGGACCUGUGACGCUUUCUGUGUAAGGUAGGGUCGUACUCUGCGAAUGUUGUAGAGCAUGAACCUGCAGGAUCGGGUCACCGCUUUGAUGUUAGCGGAGAACGACAGGGUAUUGUCCAGGGUCACGCCAAUGUUCUUUGCACUCUGGGAGGAGGACACAAUGGAGUUGUCAACCGUGAUGGCGAGAUCAUGGAGCGGGCAGUCCUUCCCCGGGAGGAAGAGCAGCUCCGUCUUGCCAAGGUUCAGCUUGAGGUGGUGAUCCGACAUCCACACUGAUAUGUCUGCCAGACAUGCAGAGAUGCGAUUCGCCACCUGGUUAUCAGAAAGGAGAAAUUGUGUGUCGUCUGCGUAGCAAUGAUAGGAGAGACCAUGUGAGGAUAUGACAGAGCCAAGUGACUUGGUGUAUAGAGAGAAUAGGAGAGGGCCUAGAACUGAGCCCUGGGGGACACCAGUGCUGAGAGCACGUGGUGCGGAGACAGAUUCUCGCCACGCCACCUGGUAGGAGCGACCUGUCAGGUAGGACGCAAUACAAGAGUGAGCAGCGCCGGAGAUGCCCAACUCAGAGAGGGUGGAGAGGAGGAUCUGAUGGUUCACAGUAUCAAAGGCAGCAGAUAGGUCUAGAAGGAUAAGAGCAGAGGUGAGAGAGUUAGCUUUAGCAGUGCAGAGAGCCUCCGUGACACAGAGAAGAGCAGUCUCAGUUGAAUGACCAGUCUUGAAACCUGGCUGGUUUGGAUCAAGAAGGUCAUUCUGAGAGCGAUAGCAGGAGAGUUGGCUAGAGACGGCACGCUCAAGAGUUUUGGAGAGAAAAGAAAGAAGGGAUACUGGUCUGUAGUUGUUGACAUCGUAGGGAUCGAGUAUAGGUUUUUUGAGGAGGGGUGCAGCUCUCGCUCUCUUGAAGACGGAAGGGACAGCGGUCAAGGAUGAGUUGAUGAGCGAGGUGAGGUAAGGGAGAAGGUCUCCGGAAAUGGUCUGGAGAAGAGAGGAGGGGAUAGGGUCAAGCGGGCAGGUUGUUGGGCGGCCAGCCGUCACAAGUCGCAAGAUUUCAUCUGGAGAGAGAGGGGAGAAAGAAGUCAAAGCAUAGGGUAGGGCAGUGUGAGCAGGACCAGCGGUGUCAUUUGACUUAAUAAAUGAGGAUCGGAUGUCGUCAACCUUCUUUUCAAAAUGGUUGAUGAAGUCAUCCACAGAGAGGGAUGAGGUAGGGGGAGGAGGAGGGGGAUUCAGCAGGGAGGAGAAGGUGGCAAAGAGCUUACUAAGGUUAGAGGCAGAGGCUUGACAUUUAGAGUGGUAGAAAGUGGCUUUAGCAGCGGAAACAGAGGAAGAGAAUGUAGAGAGGAGGGAGUGAAAAGAUGACAGGUCCGCAGGGAGUCUAGUUUUCCUCCAUUUCCGCUCGGCUGCCCGGAGCCCUCUUCUGUGAUUACAUUACAUGUACCUGUGAAUGUGAUAUCCCAUAAAUAUUAAUUUAGCCUCUGUCCAUCAGAAUGUAGAGUUUCUAUAAUUCAUUAAAUAAAAUGUUUUUCAUGCUAUCAUUAUUGUUAGUGAAGAUUAUUCAUGAUCAUUUUCAGAAGUCUGGGGCUGUGUUCAAAUACUUCAGAAAUGCAUCCAUCCUUCCUUCCUACCUUCCUUGUAAUGUAAUGAUAUAAUCACAGAUCUGAAUUGGUUAGAUUGGUGAAGUAAUAGGGUGGUAACCCUGCUUACACCUAUCCAAUCACUCAUAGAUCUGUGCGUAUCGCAAGGAACUAGAAAAGGAUGCAUUUCUGUGUCUCCCGAGUGGCGCAGUGGUCUAAGGCACUGCAUCGCAGUGCUAGCUGUGCCACUAGAGAUCCUGGUUCGAAUCCAGGCUCUGCUGUAGCCGGCCGCAACCGGGAGACCAAUGGGGCGGCGCACAAUUGGCCCAGGGUAGGGUAGGGAAUGGCCGGCAGGGAGGUAGCUCAGUUGGUAGAGCAUGGCGUUUGCAACGCCAGGGUUGUGGGUUCGUUUCCCACGGGGGGCCAGUAUGAAAAAAAAUAUAUAUAUAUAUAUAAAUAUAUAUAAUGUAUGCACUAACUGUAAGUCGCUCUGGAUAAGAGCGUCUGCUAAAUGACGAAAAUAAUAAUAAUAAUAAUAAAUAAAGUUUUCGAACAGGACCAAAGUCCUCAGCAUUGGUCUCUGACUAUACCUAAUUUAUCCACUAUAGGGCACCACUAGCUCAGUCGUGUCCAGCCAGAAGAGUGUGUCGUCCAGCAGUUCUAGCGGAGGUUCUGUUGUGGAGAGGAAGCUCAUCACUCAGAGCGGUGGCAGCAGCAGCAGUAGCUAUCCCAUAAAAUGUAAGUGUUCACUGCAUAAGACACGCUCAAACAGAGCGCCAGUGGAAAACGUGUAUAUAAAAAAUAAAAAUAAAAACGAUCCACAGAAUCCUGUAAAAUACCGUUUUUCUUGUACUGUCAAUCACAGCCUAAACUAUUCCAAUGAAAGAGCUUAGAUGCUCCUAUAGAACUCCCAUGGUCACUGAUAUAUAAUUCAUGACAUAGGAUUUAACAGAUACAUAGACAGCUACAUUCAGAGGUGUCAUGCCCAUAGGGGGCACAGGGGCACAUGCCCCCUCAGAUUUGUCCUAUAUAAAAAAAUAUAUAUAUACUUUUUUGUUUUUGUUCGUUUUUUCUCUGUAAUACUACUAGUUGGCUUUAGCUAGCCCAGAUAGGUUCCCAAUCUCCCAACCUCAUAAUUAGCUACCAAGAAGCCAUUUCAGGCUAUCAAUCAAGUUAGAGUAGCUAGCUUGUCUAACUAUCUUAGCUGGCAUGGCUGCUGGUAAAGUUGGUAGACUUUAGAAAAGCAAGCAAUAACUAAAUGUACUGAAUAAGACUCACAUUCCUUUCGAUCUUUUACCCAGAUUUUUAGCAGAAAUGCAGAGAAGCAUAUUUCGUUUCUUUAAAAAAAGAACCACCAGUCAGGAGGAUACAGACAGCUCAAGAAAUAUGCUUAGAUAUGCAGAAAAAUAGAUGUAUUUAUCCUCACAUACUUUGUGUCCCCUCAGAUUUUGGGGGUGCAUGACGCUCCCUGGCUACAUUGUUAUAUGUCAGGCUACUGUAUAAGAAAAAGUCCCUCUCUCUCCGCUCUGUAUAAGUCCUAAUCAUUCUUUCUCUCAUUUCCUCCUCUAGCCUCAUGUCUCUCUUCAAGUAGUGGGCUGCUCUCUACUGGAGUAGGAGAGUCUACCAGUAGAGCCGUCACAGGAGGCAGUAGCUCAGUGCUAGUAUCCUCCUCAUCUGGUAGUUCCUCCUCUGCUGCAGCCGGGGCCUCGUUUGGGGCUAGCAAGACCAGCGGCUCCCUCUCCAUCUCUGGUGGUGGUCUUAGCUCCAGCUCCAGUUCCAGUUUUUUCACUGGUUCCAGUUCUGGUGGUUCCAAUUCUGGUUUUGUCUCUAGUUCCAAAGGAGCAGGAGGAGGAGGAGGAGGAGGCAGUUCCGUCACUGAUUACAGUUCUGGUUCUAGUUCUGGUUUUGCCUCUAGUUCUGGUACCGGUAUCGGAGGAGGGGGUUCUUCUAGAGCCAAAAUGUCGGCCGGCGGCUUGGGCUCUGUGACCGUUUCCACGGUUACCAAGUCCAACUACAGUUCUUCGGCAGGGGCGGGGUCAGGGGGUGUGAAGAGGGGCGGGGCACAGGGGUCUGCAUCCUCUGCUGUCAGCUACUCCCCCACCCCCACGGAGAGAAAGAGCAUGACCACCACCAUGACCGCCCGCUCCGUGGGCUACGAAGGUCAGUCACAAGGUCAAGGUCAAAGGUUAACCCUAUUCAUAUGCUGUGUUCAUAACCAGUGGGAAGGUGGUAAUUACCAGUUGUGAAGUCGUAAAUACCAUUUGGAUGCAUUCAAGUGCUUUGAACUCAUUGAGAAAUGCAGAUUGGCUAAUGGCCAACAAGCUGCGUCAACCAUAAACUAAACGUACAGCUAUCAUGCUUGUAAACAAAUUAUAGUGUUCAAAAACCAUAUUAAUAGAUGCUUUUUAUAAAUAAUGUUUUGUUGUUGCAUUUAACUGCUGAAAAUGCUGUUAUCAAGGUCAUUUCCUUAGUAGAUGUCAGAGGUCAGCAUGUGGGAGAAGUCGAAGCUCAGGGAUAAAAGACGAGGUUCCCACUAGUAAUUACCAGUUGGAGGGGCGUUCAAGUGGACUUUUCCCAGUCAUAUGUGGUAAAUACCACUUUCCCACUUGGUUAUGAACAUAGCAUUAUAUCCAGGGCUAGGAUUUUUUUCCUGACCACGUGACCUCUGGGGCCUAAGAUCAGAUAUUGGGCGCGUUCCUCUGCCCAGGUGUUGCUGACACCUGCCAGAUCUUACAACGCCAGGAUAGGUAUUUUACGUAUUAGCUAACCACAUCGUAUGUUAUAGCAAUCUGUCAGUCAAUGACACAGUCGAUGACGUGGCACGUAACCAUUGGUUAAUGCAUGCAACGUCUGAGCAAGGGCGCGCAACCAUUUCCUGGUCAUGUCAUGUGGUCAGGAAACUACUGGCCCUACCUAAGGUCCUCUGAUGCUCUUUAGUCAAUAAUUAUGUCAUUAAGAAUAUCAUUAAGAAGUUGAAGUACGACUUCAGUUAUGACAUGAAGAAGGAAAAGUCAUUAAUACUGGUGUUUUUCUUCUGCGUAUUCAGGAAGUUCCAGUGAAAACUCCUCUCCGGAAUACACAAGGAGAGAAUAUGGUAAUUACCAAUCUUAAAUGUGGUUUCAAAAUGUAUUUCAUUCCAAUGUUUAAUAAAAGUGGAUAUGAAAAAUGACAUAAUUGAUUUCCUGAUUAAAUGUAGGUGUUUUUUGUUUUGUUUCAGCUGCAGCAAGUACAGCUGCCAGUGCACCCAGCAGAGGGCGGACCCAACAGCAGAGGUACAAGCUGUUAGAGCACAGCAUCAUCAAUCAGACCAUACACUACUGCAGAAUGCAAUGAUUCUUUUUUGCCAUUUUAAGUGGCUGUAUUUGAAUAAAAUACAACACAUCUGAAUACACUAUUCUAUUCUAAUCUAUAAUGUUCUGCUCUAUUCUAUUCAUUUCUAUUCUAUUCCAUGUGUGUCCUGUUCCAGAGAGUGAGAUCAGAUGCAGACUGCAGAGUGCCUCUCCCACUGCCAAAAGAUGUGAGUUGCCUAAUACCACGCGGGCACUUAUCACUAACCUAUGACUCACUCGAUCUGCCCUGGAAAAUACACGUGGAGCAAAAUGUGUGGAUGCUUGAAGAUGGAAGAUAAAUACAGUUUGAUAAAAAUCUGUCUUUAUAAUUAAAAACAUUUGAAAAGCCUGCACACUGUACAUGUUUCCUAAGCGAUGUUAGCUGACACUUGAGUCUGUCCUCCGUGGUGUGUAGGGACGGAGCUGGGAGAUGUGAAGCGUCUGCUGAAGGGGAGUCGCUCCAGCAGCAUCAGCCCCCCUCGCUCCCCCACCAGCACCCUCCCUAUCCCCAGGAAGGCCAGCGUGGAGACCAGAACCAUGUCAAAGAGCUCCCAGUCAGGUACGCACACUCACCAGUAUAAUCAUGAUAAAACCAGGUAAAUAAAUAAAUAUUUAAAUUCUGUAAUAAAUAAAUAAAUGUUUAAAUGAAUAAAUACACUCUGAAAUAAGUAAAUAUGUAAGUAGUAAGUAAGGAAGUAAAUACAUAAAUAAACAGUUUGAUAAUCACUGAAACAUUAGAUGGCCAGAAUGUCUUCUUAACUGACUCACCUGGUUAAAUGUUAAAAAAAGGUUAAAUAAAGGUUUUUAUAAACAUACAUACAUAAAACCUGUUAACCCUUUCCCUCUCUCCCAGGCCAGUAUGAAAGCGCCACCCUGGACUCAGGCAUGCCUUCCUACAUGUGGUCAGGCUCCUCGGCUGGAGGCUAUGGUUACCACACCAACGCCAUCAACCUGUCCCCCACCUCCACCCUCCAACACUCACCCACCACACUCACAGGUCAGCAAUGGACACCACCAAAUAUACAGUCACAAUUAGUCUAAUAAGAAUGACAUGAUAUGGAGUGAUAAUAGUGCCAACAGAAAUGUAAUCUGAAUUUAAUCAUACACACCAUCAUAGAGGAUAUUUCUAUAACUGAACAGGUUUAAUCCAAGAGAUAAUAAGGACAUGAUUAAAAUGAACUAGAUUUGUGUGCGAUAUAAAAAACCUAAGAAAGUAUUAAAAAGAAAAUGUCAAUGUACUGUAUGUUAUUGUGGGUGUUACUCAAUCGAUGUGGAUGUUUAUCAAUGUUUCUACAGCCACAGGGCUUCAGAACAACCUGGCCCUCAGCUCUACAUCCAUGAACUCUGGACUCUCCGCCUCUAGCACUGGUAAACAUCUCCCUCAACAUCUAUCAUCUCUCUAUGGGUGCUUCCCAAUAAUCUCUCCUUUCUCUCGAAAUGUGCACUUGUUCCUUUACCUUCAUGGAUUUGAAAGUAAGUGACUGGUAUACAUAUAUGGCAGUAUUUCUGUUACAUGUAUUUGAAAUAUGUAUUUCAAUUACUCCUGACUAUUUAGUCAUUUGUAUUACCUGUGCUGAACUACACUCCAAUGUAUUUUGUAACAAGAUACUUUCGAGAGCUGUAAUUUGUAUUUUCAAAAUACAAAAUACUCCCCCCCAAUUUUGUGGCCCCCUUUCACCCUGCAUUGAUAUCAGAAGUCUGAUGGCACUAUGGUGUCAUAAGAGCAUCCGCUAAAUGAACUAAAUAUAAAUGUAUAUGUAAAAAUGUACAAUUGCAAAGCAUGCUGAGUAGUAUUCUAAUGAGCUCCACCCCGGAACAAGGCCAAUAAUAAUACCCAGUGUGCUUUGCAGUUCAUUUUGGUAUGUUCAUUUUCACAUAAUUUGCAUUUUGGUAAUUUAGCAGACACUCUUAUCCAGAGAGACGUACAGUCAGUGCAUUCAACUUAGGUACUGUAUAUAAACAACAACAUAUCAGUCAUAGCAAGUAAAACAUUUCUGUAACCGUUACUGAGAAUGUUGUUGCUGUUGGGGCCAUCUACUUGCAGAUGUAUUUCUGUAUUUUAAAAUACAAAAUAUUUGUAUUUGAAUUAAAUACAUUUCAAAAUGUUGAUAGAUUGAUCUUUAUGGUAUUUUGUAAUUGCAUUUCUUAAUGUUUGCCCAUCCCUGCUGAUCUAUAGAAACUCCCUCUAGCCCAUGUCGACACCAAUCCGAUGCUUUCAGUAGUAGUGUAUCGAAUGUUUUUUUCUCCUUUGUCCUACUCUAGUUUACGGUAUGCAGAAUAACCUGGCCACCACCACUGGUGGUAUCCUAACAGCUAAUGGAGUCAACGCACAAACAGGUAUGGAUGAAGUGUUGAGUGUUGACAAAUCCACCUGGAUCAAGAGGGUAAUGGCCAUAUUCAUUGUGGGAGGUAUGUUUCACAUGUUUUUAAAUCAUGUUAAAUUCACCCUGCAUGUAUUUCUGUGUUUGACAGUCUAUGGUGUGCAGAGAAAUGUCACAAGCACAGGGGUGUCCACAACCACUGGUGAGUCCAAAAUACUUUGUUUUGCAUAGAUAAGAAUUAGGCAACCAUAGACAUAAAACAUUUGAUUCUAUGUAUAUACAUUGCCUUUGGAAAGUAUUCAGACCCCUUGACUUUUUCCACAUUUUGUUAGGUUACAGCCUUAUUCAAAAAUUGAUUAAAUUGUUUUCAGACCCUUUACUUAGUACUUUGUUGAAGCACCUUUGGCAGCGAUUACAGCCUCGAGUCUUCUUGGGUAUGAUGCUACAAGCUUGGCACACCUGUAUUUGGGGAGAUUCUCCCAUUCUUCUCUGCAGAUCUUCUCAAGCUCUGUCAGGUUGGAUGGGGAGCAUUGCUGCGCAGCUAUUUUCAGGUCUCUCCAGAGAUGUUCGAUCAGGUUUAAGUCCGGGCUCUGGCUGGGCCACUCAAGGACAUUCUCUCUGUACUUUGCUCCGUUCAUUUUUGCCUCAAUCCUGACUAGUCACCCAGUUCCUGCCACUGAAAAACAUCCCCACAGCAUGAUUCUGCCACCACCAUGCUUCACCGUAGGGAUGGUGUCAGGUUUCCUCCAGACCAGAGAAUCUUGUUUCUCAUGGUCUGAGAGUUUUUAGGUGCCUUUUGGCAAACUCCAAGCGGGCUGUCAUGUGCCUUUUAUUGAGGAGUGGCUUCCGUCUGGCCACUCAACCAUAAAGGCCUGAUUGGUGGAGUGCUGCAGAGAUGGUUGUCCUUUUGGAAGGUUCUCCCAUCUCCACAGAGGAACUCUGGAGCUCUGUCUGAGUGACCAUCGGGUUCUUGGCACCUCCCUGACCAAGGCCCUUCUCUCCCGAUCGCUCAGUUUGGCUGGGGGGCCAGCUCUAGGAAGAGUCUUGGUGGUUCCAAACUUCUUCCAUUUAAGAAUGAUGGAGGCCACUGUGUUCUUGGGGACCUUAAAUGCUGCAGAAAUGUUUUGGUACCCUUCCCCAGAUCUGUGCCUCGACACAAUCCUGUCUCAGAACUCUACGGACAAUUCAUUCUACCUCAUGGCUUGGUUUUUGCUCUGACAUGCACUGUCAACUGUGGGACCUUAUAUAGACAGGUGUGUGCCUUUCCAAAUCAUGUCCAAUCAAUUGAAUUUACCACAUGUGGACUCCAAUCAAGUUGUAGAAACAUCUCAAGAAUGAUCAAUGGAAACAGGAUGCACCUGAGCUCAAUUUCGAGUCUCAUAGCAAAGGGUCUGAAGACUUCUGUAAACAAGGUAUUUGUGUUUUUAAAUGUUUAUACAUUUUCAAAAAUGUCUACAAACCUGCUUUCGCUUUGGUAUUAUGGGGUAUUGUGUGUAGAUUGCUGAGGAUUUUUUCUUUUUGAAUCCAUUUGAGAAUAAGGCUGUAACGUAACAAAAUGUGGAAAAAGUCAAGGGGUCUGAAUACUUUCCGAAGUCACUGUAUGUACAUGUAUUAUAUGUGGAAGCAGCAGCACCAAGACAAGUGUAGCCCUUUCCUGCAGUCAAAUUACCAAAUCGCCCUCUAGUUGCCUCAUUGGUGGAAUGUUAUUAAUACUUUUCAUAAUUUCAUAAUUAAUACACUUAUUUUUUGUUUUGUAAGCCAAAAAUCUGGUGUUUCUAUGUCAAACGUUUUUGUUAUAUUUCAGUAUUUUGUGAUGUAUAUAAAGGGUAAUAUUGGGAUGCAAACUCAAAAUUGAAUACAUUUCAACUGUAUAUCUGACAUGGUACAAGUGUUAAAAAAAUUUAAGCCCAUAACAAUGUGUGUGAGGUGUAUACUUUUGUUUCAAAGUAGAUUUGUUUAAGACUACCAAGAAACACUCUGUGUGACCCUGAUUUAGCCCACUACAGUAAAAGGACAUCCUCUCCUACUCUGUCCUAUCAUGUAUUCAUGACACUAACCAGUUUAUACUGAAUGUUUUUGCUGCCUAUUUCUCAGUGGCACCUGGCAGUCCUACCAGUGGAGAUGUCUUCACCAAAGACUACAAGUUCAUACUGCUGGAGAAAGAGAACGCGCCCGUCAAGAAAGAGACGGAGAGACUCAUCAUGACCAAAGAUACCGGCAAACAGUUCUCCUCUGCUGCCACUGCUAUUGGUAGGCAACACUCAAAUCAAAUCAAAUUGUAUUUGUUACAUGCUUCGUAAACAACAGAUGUAGACUAACAGUGAAAUGCUUACUUACGGGCCCUUCCAAUCAAUGCAGAGAGAAAGAAAAUAGAAAAAUAAUAGAAAAGUAAUAACACUAAAUAAUACAAUUAAUAAUAAAUACACAAUGGUUAUAUACACGGGGUACCAGUACUGAGUCGAUGUGCAGGGGUACAAGGUAAUUGAGGUAGAUAUAUACAUACAACUAAGAAUAAAGUGACUAGACAGGAUAGAUAAUAAAGAGUAGCAGCAACGUAUGUGAUGAGAUAAAAAGAAAUUGUGCAAAAAGGGUAAAUGCAGAUAGUCCGGGUAGCUAUUUGGUUAACUAUUUAACGACUUACAGUGAGGGAAAAAAGUAUUUGAUCCCCUGCUGAUUUUGUACGUUUGCUCACUGACAAAGAAAUGAUCAGUCUAUAAUUUUAAUGGUAGGUUUAUUUGAACAGUGAGAGACAGAAUAACAACAACAAAAUCCAGAAAAACGCAUGUCGAAAAUGUUAUACAUUGAUUUGCAUUUUAAUGAGGGAAAUAAGUAUUUGACCCCCUCUCAAUCAGAAAGAUUUCUGGCUCCCAGGUGUCUUUUAUAAAGGUAACGAGCUGAGAUUAGGAGCACACUCUUAAAGGGAGUGUUCCUAAUCUCAGUUUGUUACCUGUAUAAAAGACACCUGUCCACAGAAGCAAUCAAUCAAUCAGAUUCCAAACUCUCCACCAUGGCCAAGACAAAAGAGCUCUCCAGAGAUGUCAGGGACAAGAUUGUAGACCUACACAAGGCUGGAAUGGGCUACAAGACCAUUGCCAAGCAGCUUGGUGAGAAGGUGACAACAGUUGGUGCGAUUAUUCGCAAAUGGAAGAAACACAAAAUAACUGUAAAUCUCCCUCAGCCUGGGGCUCCAUGCAAGAUCUCACCUCGUGGAGAUGCAAUGAUCAUGAGAACGGUGAGGAAUCAGCCCAGAACUACACGGGAGGCUGGGACCAUAGUCACCAAGAAAACAAUUGGUAACACACUACGCCGUGAAGGACUGAAAUCCUGCAGCGCCCGCAAGGUCCCCCUGCUCAAGAAAGCACAUAUACAGGCCCGUCUGAAGUUUGCCAAUGAACAUCUGAAUGAUUCAGAGGAGAACUGGGUGAAAGUGUUGUGGUCAGAUGAGACCAAAAUCGAGCUCUUUGGCAUCAACUCAACUCGCCGUGUUUGGAGGAGGAGUAAUGCUGCCUAUGACCCCAAGAACACCAUCCCCACCGUCAAACCUGGAGGUGGAAACAUUAUGCUUUGGGGGUGUUUUUCUGCUAAGGGGACAGGACAACUUCACCGCAUCAAAGGGACGAUGGACGGGGCCAUGUACCGUCAAAUCUUGGGUGAGAACCUCCUUCCCUCAGCCAGGGCAUUGAAAAUGGGUUGUGGAUGGGUAUUCCAGCAUGACAAUGACCCAAAACACACGGCCAAGGCAACAAAGGAGUGGCUCAAGAAGAAGCACAUUAAGGUCCUGGAGUGGCCUAGCCAGUCUCCAGACCUUAAUCCCAUAGAAAAUCUGUGGAGGGAGCUGAAGGUUCGAAUUGCCAAACGUCAGCCUCGAAACCUUAAUGACUUGGAGAAGAUCUGCAAAGAGGAGUGGGACAAAAUCCCUCCUGAGAUGUGUGCAAACCUGGUGGCCAACUACAAGAAACGUCUGACCUCUGUGAUUGCCAACAAGGGUUUUGCCACCAGGUACUAAGUCAUGUUUUGCAGAGGGGUCAAAUACUUAUUUCCCUCAUUAAAAUGCAAAUCAAUUUAUAACAUUUUUGACAUGCGUUUUUCUGGAUUUGAUUGUUGUUAUUCUGUCUCUCACUGUUCAAAUAAACCUACCAUUAAAAUUAUAGACUGAUCAUGCCUUUGUCAGUGGGCAAAUGUGCAAAAUCAGCAGGGGAUCAAAUACUUUUUUCCCUCACUGUAGCAGUCUAAUGGCUUGGGGGUAGAAAAGCUGUUCAGGGUCCUGUUGGUUCCAUACUUAGUGCAUCAGUACCACUUGCUAUGCGGUAGCAGAGAGAACAGUCUAUGACUUGGGUGGCUGGAGUCUGACAAUUUGUAGGGCCUUCCUCUGACACCGCCUGGUAUAGAGGUCCUGGUUGGCAGGGAGCUCGGCCCCAGUGAUGUACUGGACCGUACGCACUACCCUCUAGAGCGCCUUGUUGUCGGAUGCCAAGUAGUUGCCAUACCAGGCGGUGAUGCGGCCAGUCAAGAUGCUCUUAAUGGUGCAGCUGUAUAACUUUUUGAGGAUCUGAGGGCACAUGCCAAAUCUUUUCAGCUGCACCAUCUUUUCAGCCUCCUGAGGAGGAAGAGGCGUUGUAAUGCCCUCUUCACAACUGUGUUGGUGUGUACGGACCAUGAUAGAUCCUUAGUGAUUUGGACACAGAGGAACUUGAAGCUCUCGACCUGCUACACUACAGCCCCAUUGAUGUGGAUGGGGGUGUGCUCGGCCCUCUGUUUCCUGUAGACCACGAUCAGCUCCUUUGUCUUGCUGACGUUGAGGGAGAGGUUGUUGUAAGAUAAAUAUGUUUGCAAAAUUCCAGUAACUUUCCCAAAAUUACCAGGUUUUCCUGAAAUCUUGGUUGGAGGACUCCAGAUUCCCUGCUUAUUCUUGGAAUCUUCUAGGCAUGAUUUCUAGGAACCUGGGAAUUUUGGGAAAGUUACCUGUGUUAGGUUCUAAAUAACAGGGUAAAAACCAACGGACAACUAUAAAAGCUCAAACCAAGUUUAUUCACCCAAUAGGUCAGACAGCUGAACAGACAAAGACAUGUUCUUACCAUCACAAAUAUAUAUACUCCAAUUUAGGUGAACUCCUCCUUCCCUCUAAACAUGACAUCUUUAUUGCUAGGCAGGAAGUUAAGUGAUAUGGGUAAUAAACUGUUCCUUCUCCCUUAAUGUGACCUGACCUCGGCCCCCAUUCCUGACUAAUCCACAGCUCUCCACCCUUAUCAGUGACUGCAACCAUGUGACUGCCUUUCCUUUCCUCAGUACAUUCCAAGGCCCUGGCUCAUAUCCAACCUUAAUUGACCUCACCAUAUACAUUCCUCCUACAGAUAACCAUUAACUUCUGGUGUAGCAUUUCCAUAGGAUACCUGAUGAUUAACAAUAUUUCAAGUUUAGAAGAACCCAUCAUCGGAAUAUUGCAAUCCAAGACGUGAGAAUACCAGAAAUGUACACACAAAGGAGGGUUUUCACUAAAUAUAUAUGAUUUACUAAAAAUGCAAUUGUCUGCUCUAUUAGAAGAACCUUCUGAUGGAAAAUGGUACCAGUCCUAUGAGAUCAUAAAUAUUUCUAUGCCCAAUAAAACACUACAGUCCCACUGUCUUAGUGUUAGCCCUUGUCUUUGAGUUGUGGUGAAGUCAUUAAGUUGAUUUAUUUCUAGCCUAUUCUGAGGACUCACUGAAGAAGGAGAAGAAGAAGGUAUCCAGCUUUGAGGAGACAGCUACAGCCAGAACCACAGAAACUAACGGUAGAUAACAGAAGUGAUAGAAUGAAUAGACAUUUUCACCACACCUUGACUUGUGUUACUAACACUCUGUUCUUCCCCUGCUGUUUUUUAAAGCUGGAUCCUUGAUGAAAGUGUCAACGAAAGACAAGGCAACCUAUGCAGGUAUAGUGUAAUUAUACUUUGAAAUUGAAAUAGUUGCAUAAUUGCUGAAUCCCAAUGUAACAAUCUAUAAGCACAAUUCAUAAUUCACCUAAAAUCUGUCAUAGCCAUCAUUAAAUGAUGAUUUCAGUGAAAGCAUGUUACAUGUCUGUAUCAAGUUAGGAUUCAGCCCUAAAUGCCUGUUCUUAUGUAUUCUUCAUGAUACUCUACUGAUGCUGGUUCUUGACCCCUGUGUCCUCUACCUCUCUCUUCGAUCAGAGAUACGUAAGGACGAGUCUGGAGGAGGUCUGGGCUUCUGGUCCUGCUGCUCCUGGUGGAAGUGGCUGCUGGGCCUCCUGCUGGGUCUCCUGCUCCUCCUGGGGCUCCUCUUUGGACUCAUCGCCCUGGGUAAGAAAGGAGGAGCGGAGCUGCAGGGCACUGGGGUGGUUUGAUUGAUGUGGUUGUCUCUGUUAUAGAGAGCUAAGUAAAUCUCUCUUUUUCUCUGAUCUUUCUCUACUGUAUUUAUCUGUUUCUCGCUUCUCUCACUCGAUCUUUGUCCAUGUUUCUCUCUGUUUCCUUCUCUGUUUUCUCCCUUUCCCCCUCCCUCUCUUUCUCUUCCAACCACUUACAGCCGAAGAAGUCAAACGUCUUAAAGCUCGUGUGGACGCCUUGGAACAAGCCUCCAGCUCUUCCUCAGCCCAUUCUAGUCGCCUCUCCUCCUCCUCAGCCAUUAACAUCAUAGACCCUCUGGAGUCUGCAUACAUAGACAAGACCUCCUCUUUCUCCUCUACCACACUGCUCCGCUCUGAUAAUGGUAUCAAUCUGGGAGCAUCAGCAGGAGCAGGUCCAGGAACAGCCACUGGACCAGGCCAGGACCGUGUAGCUCUGCAGAGGGCAGUACAGCAGAUAGUCAGGACGGAGCUGCAGUCCGAUACUGUACGAGGUACGGAACCAGAACCAGAACUUACACUGAGCACCAGCCUUGUGUUUUGUGUGUAUAUGUUGAGCUUUUCAACCAUUAAAACAAAGGAAUGAUGGAGUCAACAAUCCAAAAUCAAACAAACUUGUAUGAUUGUUUUUGAAAGAUUUUAUACAUGUAUGGUUUUUAUUGGAUUCUUCCCACAAUUAUUGGCACCCCUAACAAUUCCGCUGAAAAUUUUAAUUGAUUUUUUUAAAAAUAUAUUUUUCUGUAGUUGCUAAAGUUGGUCAGGGUAUCUAGGAACUUUUAAUUAGUAAUUAAUGACUUCCUGUUUCCCUGGGGUAUAAAUAUGACGUGACACAGAGGCCUAAUUAUCUUACCCAUUUGUCAACAUGGCAAAGACAAGAGAACACACCAUUCAAGUAAGGCAGAUUUGUGUCGACCUUCAUAAGUCAGGCAAUGGCUACAAGAAAAUAGCCACUCGCCUUAACUUGCCCGUAUCUACAGUCAGAGGAAUCAUUAAGAAGUUUAAAACAACUGGAACAGUGACAAACAAGGCUGGAAGAGGUCCCAAGUUUAUCUUGCCACAACGCACAGUGAGGAGGAUGGUAAGAGAAGUAAAAAAAAGUCCUAAGCUCACUGUCACAGAAUUGCAUCAAAGAGUGGCAUCUUGGGGUCACAAAGUCUCCAAAACAACCAUCAGACGCUCUCUACAUGCCAACAAGCUGUUUGGGAGGCAUGCAAGGAAAAAGCCUUUUCUCACUAACACUCACAAACGUAAACGUCUGGAGUUUGCUAAGCGGCACUGGGACUUCAACUGGGAUCGUAUGCUUUGGUCAGAUGAGACUAAGAUUGAGCUUUUUGGCAACAAACACUCUAAGUGGGUCUGGCGUAAAACAAAAGAUGAGUAUGCCGAAAAGCACCUCAUGCCCACCGUGAAGUAUGGUGGAGGAUCUGUGAUGCUGUGGGCCUGUUUCUCUUCCAAAGGCCCUGGGAACCUUGUUAGAGUGCAUGGCAUUAUGAACGCUUUGAACUACCAGGACAUUUUAAAUAAAAACCUGAUGGCCUCUGCCAGAAAGCUGAAGAUGGGUCGUCAUUGGGUCUUUCAGCAGGAUAAUGAUCCAAAACAUGUGGCAAAAUCUACACAAAAAUGGUUCAGCAGUCACAAACUCAAGGUCCUCCCAUGGCCAUCUCAGUCCCCAGACCUCAACCCAAUCGAAAACCUGUGGGGCGAGCUAAAGAGGAGAGUGCAUAAGAGAGGACCCAGGACACUGGAUGAUCUAGAAAGAUUGUGCAAAGAAGAAUGGUCAAAGAUCCCUCUCUCUGUGUUCUCCAAUCUUGUGAAAUGUUAUAGGAGGAGAUUAAGUGCUGUCUUGUUGGCAAAAGGGGGUUGUACAAAGUAUUAACAUCAGGGGUGCCAAUAAUUGUGGGACACAUGAUUUCAAGUUUUUUUUUUCUAAAUGUGUUAUUAUUUUUUUUUACACCAAAGUAAUGUACUUAAAUAAAAGGUUGGAUUUUUCUCUUUUUUUGCAUUUGGGUUCUAUGUUGUUUAAAAAAAAAAGGAUCAUUUUUGGAAGUCCUCGACCACAUCUUAAACAGGGGUGCCAAUAAUUGUGGAGGGCACUGUAUAUAGAAAAAAUUUAUAUUUCUUUGUUACAGCAACACUUGCACAAUCAAUGAAAGGAGCAAGAGGAGAACCUGGGACCAAAGGUACUGUAGGACAUCCACUGUAUGGACAUGGAAACAUAGAUGGAUCCAUCCAUCCAUAGAUGGAAACAUACUGCAUUGGCAGAGCAAGUUUUGGCUAUGUCUGUUGAUUAACAUUUCAACUGUUUUAUUUCAGGUGACCAAGGUGGUCCAGGAGUCAAAGGUCAGUGAGCCAUAGACCUACAUUUAAUGUCAAUGACGUCACACAGCAAAUACCGUACAUGUUAGAGUUAUACUGUACAAAUGGAAUUCAUUCAUUCAUUUCAGGUGAUAAUGGAUUCCCUGGCCUACCAGGUAGGAACACAAACAAUUAGUUUUAUUCUGGAGUGGCUACAGUUAAUAAUAUUCUGCUUAAUGAUAGCAGACUGAUGUUUGGCUUCUCUUCCUCAGGUCCACCAGGUCAGAUGGGUCACAGUGGACAGGAGGGCCCUGAGGGGACCUAAAGGAAAUGCAGGUAAUGCUUAAGGACACAAUUUGACUUAUCUUACAAGAUCUCAAUCUUAUAGACUAUCACUCCCACAAUGCAUCUCUUCUCAUCUGUGAAUAGGUGAAGCUGGUGCAGAGGGCCUCCCAGGGCAGAGGGGCCGAGAAGGACCAACGGGAUCACGUGGAGAGCCUGGUCCUCCAGGGUUUGGAGAGAAAGGGGACAGAGGUAUGUUCAUAAGUGUAUUUGAUGGCCUCACAGUUAGUACAUCUUCAGAGACAAAAUCCAUCAAAUUGCUAUAUUCAAAUGAUGGGUUCCUGUUCAAGCUCUUAUGUAAUGUUAUGUGAUGCCAUAGGUUCUCCUGGUGAACCCGGAGGCUCCGGACCUGCUGGCACUGCUGGGCCUGUUGGACCUAAAGGUAAUGCCAAAGGUCAUCAUCAAUACAGGAAAUACGUCUAGAUUGAUGAGAUACAUUAAACCAUCACUAAUUGUAAGUCGCUCUGGAUAAGAGCGUCUGCUAAAUGACUAAAAUGUCAAUGUAAUUCAUCAAUACUGGGACUGUAACUGUUGGCCGUCGUUGUGAAAGUGUAUUUAUUUUGUGUUUUCCAGGGUCAAUGGGUGCUCAGGGUGCUACAGGUAUCCCAGGUGAGUGCUCUUUGCCCUUUUUGUGUACCAUUGUAUAGGAAGAAGACACAAGCAUGUGAUUUCUAAAGUUGUGUAUUUGUCACUUUUCUCCAGGAACUCCUGGUCCACAGGGUUUCCGAGGUGAAGCAGGCGCUCCAGGACCAAAAGGUAUUCUAGAACAACAUAUUGAGAUGAUGUACAGUACUGUGCUGUAUGCAGGCCUAUUUACUUGAUUUAGAUUCACGAAGAGAAAGCUACAAAUAUAGCACUUAUAGCUAGAAACCUUAGUUGCUACAUACAUUUUUGGACUCAUACAUUUAUGAUAUAUACCCAUUGAUUCUUACAUUUACAUUUACAUCAUUUAGCAGACGCUCUUAUCCAGAGCGACUUACAAAUUGGUGCAUUCAACUUAUGAUAGCAAGUGGGACAACCACUUUUUUUCUUCUUUUUUUAUGGGGGGGGGGGGGGGGGGGGGGGGGGGGGGGGGGUAGAAGGAUUACUUUAUACUAUUCCAGGUAUUCCUUAAAGAGGUAGGGUUUCAAGUGUCUCCGGAAGGUGGUCAGUGACUCCGCUGUCCUGGCGUCGUGGGGGAGCUUGUUCCACCAUUGGGGUGCCAGGGCAGCAAAUAGCUUUGACUGGGCUGAGCGGGAACUGUGCUUCUGUAGAGGUAGGGGAGCUAGCAGGCCAGAGGUGGAUGAACGUAGUGCCCUCGUUUGGGUGUAGGGUCUGAUCAGAGCCUGAAGGUAAGGAGGUGCCGUUCCCCUCACAGCUCCGUAGGCAAGCACCAUGGUCUUGUAGUAGAUGCGAGCCUCAACUGGAAGCCAGUGGAGUGUGCGGAGGAGCGGGGUGACAUGAGAGAACUUGGGAAGGUCGAACACCAGACGGGCUGCGGCGUUCUGGAUAAGUUGUAGGGGUUUAAUGGCACAGGCAGGGAGCCCAGCCAACAGCGAGUUGCAGUAAUCCAGACGGGAGAUGACAAGUGCCUGGAUUAGGACCUGUGCCGCUUUCUGUGUAAGGUAGGGUCGUACUCUGUGAAUGUUGUAGAGCAUGAACAUGCAGGAUCGGGUCACCGUUUUUAUGUUAGCAGAGAACGACAGGGUGUUGUCCAGGGUCACGCCAAGGCUCUUUGCACUCUGGGAGGAGGACACAAUGGAGUUGUCAACCAUGAUGGCGAGAUCAUGGAGCGGGCAGUCCUUCCCAGGGAGGAAGAGCAGCUCCGUCUUGCCGAGGUUCAGCUUGAGGUGGUGAUCCGACAUCCACACUGAUAUGUCUGCCAGACAUGCAGAGAUGUGAUUCGCCACCUGGUUAUCAGAAGGGGGAAAAGAGAAAAUUAAAUGUGUGUCGUCUGCGUAGCAAUGAUAGGAGAGACCAUGUGAGGAUAUGACAGAGCCAAGUGACUUGGUGUAUAGAGAGAAUAGGAGAGGGCCUAGAACUGAGCCCUGGGGGACACCAGUGGUGAGAGCACGUGGUGCGGAGACAGAUUCUCGCCACGCCACCUGGUAGGAGUGACCUGUCAGGUAGGAUGCAAUCCAAGAGUGAGCAGCGCCGGAGAUGCCCAACUCGGAGAGGGUGGAGAGGAGGAUCUGAUGGUUCACAGUAUCAAAGGCAGCAGAUAGGUCUAGAAGGAUAAGAGCAGAGGAGAGAGAGUUAGCUUUAGCAGUGCGGAGAGCCUCCGUGACACAGAGAAGAGCAGUCUCAGUUGAAUGACCAGUCUUGAAACCUGACUGGUUUGGAUCAAGAAGGUCAUUCUGAGAGAGAUAGCAGGAGAGUUGGCUAGAGACGGCACGCUCAAGAGUUUUGGAGAGAAAAGAAAGAAGGGAUACUGGUCUGUAGUUGUUGACAUCGGAGGGAUCGAGUGUAGGUUUUUUGAGGAGGGGUGCAACUCUCACUCUCUUGAAGACGGAAGGGACAUGGCCAGCGGUCAAGGAUGAGUUGAUGAGCGAGGUGAGGUAAGUGAGAAGGUCUCCGGAAAUGGUCUGGAGAAGAGAGGAGGGGAUAGGCUCAAGCGGGCAGGUUGUUGGGCGGCCAGCCGUCACAAGUCGCAAGAUUUCAUCUGGAGAGAGAGGGGAGAAAGAAGUCAAAGCAUAGGGUAGGGCAGUGUGAGCAGGACCAGCGGUGUCAUUUGACUUAAUAAAUGAAGAUCGGAUGUCAUCAACCUUCUUUUCAAAAUGGUUGACGAAGUCAUCCACAGAGAGGGAGGAGGGAGGGGGAGGAGGAGGAGGAUUCAGCAGGGAGGAGAAGGUGGCAAAGAGCUUCCUAGGGUUAGAGGCAGAGGCUUGAAAUUUAGAGUGGUAGAAAGUGGCUUUAACAGUGGAAACAGAGGAAGAGAAUGUAGAGAGGAGGGAGUGAAAAGAUGACAGGUCCGCAGGGAGUCUAGUUUUCCUCCAUUUCCGCUCGGCUGCCCGGAGCCCUCUUCUGUGAGCUCGCAAUGAGUCAUCAAGCCACGGAGCAGGAGGGGAGGACCGAGCCGGCCGGGAGGAUAGGGGACAUAGAGAGUUAAAAGAUGCAGAAAGGGAGGAGAGGAGGGUUGAGGAGGCAGAAUCAGGAGAUCGGAGGGAGAAGGAUUUAGCAGAGGGAAGAGAUGAUAGGAUGGAAGAGGAGAGAGUAGCAGGAGAGCGAGAGCGAAGGUUGCGACGGCAGGACAACCUUAUUAAUUUCUCAUGAGCUUAGUUCAACUGUCAUACCCCAUCAGAACCCAAAAUAUAAGCUUGCUUUACUAAAAUUUUUAAAAGAAUGUAAAUGUAAACAAACACUGUAUCGCGUCAACACAUGGUUAAAACUAUACAUUUGAUACCAUGGAUGGUAUGCAUCUGUAACCGGUGUGAAAUGGCUAGCUAGUUAGCAGUGUGCGCUAGUAGCAUUUCAAUUGGUGACAUCACUCGCUCUGAGACCUUGAAGUAGUUGUUUCCCUUGCUCUGCAAGGACCGUGGCUUUUGUGGAGCGAUAGGUAACAAUGCUUUGAGGUUGACUGUUGUUGAUGUGUGCAGAGGGUCCCUGAUUCAAGCCCAGGCUGGGACGAGGAGAGGGACGGAAGCAAUACAGUUACACAUCCAUAGUGCUGUCUAUGAAUUUGAGAGUGGUUACAUUUCUCCAGCCCCCAUCCCUUACUUUUUUAGUGGAAGAGGAGCGGGGAGGUGGCUUUGUUAUUGUUUCAAUGGAGGAUUCUAGCUUUAAAGGUGCAAUAUGCAGAAAUCGCUUUGCCAUUUCCUGGUUGCAAUAAUUUGAAUAGUUUCGCCUAAUUUCAGUUUGUGACAAAACAAGCAAUUGUGUAGAGAAUCAUUGUACCAUCUAAACCGCUGUGAAAUACUGUAUCUUUUCAAUAGCUGUUUGAUAAACCGAAAGUAAUUUAAGAAAUGUAAGAAUGGAAAGAUAGAAAUAGCGUACUUCUUAGACUUACUUUAAAUGAGAAUGACAUGUCUAUAACUUCGAUGUGAAUUUGGUCGGGUCGGCCAAAAAGUUACAUAUUGCAGCAUUAAACAAAGAUCAUAUCAGUAAGCCUAUUGUUUCUCUCCUCGUCCAGGCGAGAAGGGACCAGCUGGACCUCCAGGAAAUAAGGGUGAGACAGGAGAGAAAGGACCCCGCGGACUAUCAGGUGUGUAUCUGUCAAAACUUUGUGUCUCCCCUUUAUUUGUUCUCUCCCCCUUGUCUAGGAUAAUCAUUGAGAGAAAUGUGCACUAUAUACGCUACCGUUCAAAAGUUUGGGCUCACUUAGAAAUGUCCUUGUUUUUGAAAGAAAAUAAUUUAUUUUGUCCAUUAAAAUAACAUCAAAUUGAUCAGAAAUACAGUGUAGACAUUGUUAAUGUUGUAAAUGGCUAUUGUAGCUGGAAAUGGCUGAUUUUUUAUGGAAUAUCUACAUAGGCGAACAGAGGCCCAUUAUCAGCAACCAUCAGUCCUGUGUUCCAAUGGCACGUUGUGUUUGCUAAUCCAAGCUGAUCAUUUUAAAAGGCUAAUUGAUCAUUAGAAAACCCUUUUGUAAUUAUGUUAGCACAGCUGAAAACUGUUGUGCUGAUUAAAGAAGCAAUAAAAGCCAUAUCUCAGACUGCCCAUCUUAAUCUUUUCUUUUUAUUGGCCAGUCUGAGAUAUGGCUUUUUCUUUGCAACUCUGCCUAGAAGGUCAGCAUCCCGGAGUCGCCUCUUCACUGUUGACGUUGAGACUGGGGUUUUGCGGGUACUAUUAAUAAAGCUGCCAGUUGAGGACCUGGAGGCAUCUGUUUCUCAAACUAGACACUCUAAUGUAUUUGUCCUCUUGCUCAGUUGUGCACCGGGGCCUCCCACUCCUCUUUCUAUUCUGGCUAGAGCCAGUUUGCGCUGUUCCGUGAAGGGAGUAGUACACAGCGUUGUACGAGAUCUUCAGUUUCUUGGCAAUUUCUCGCAUGGAAUAGCCUUCAUUUCUCAGAACAAGAAUAGACUGACGAGUUUCAGAAGAAAGAUAUUUGUUUCUGGCCAUUUUGAGCCUGUAAUCGAACCCACAAUUGCUGAUGCUCCAGAUACUCAACCAGUCUCAAGAAGGCCAGUUUUAUUGCUUCUUUAAUCAGCACAACAGUUUUCAGCUGUGCUAACACAAUUGCAAAAGGGUUUUCUAAUGAUCAAUUAGCCUUUUAAAAUGAUAAACUUGGAUUGGCAAACACAACGUGCCAUUGGAACACAGGACUGAUGGUUGCUGAUAAUGGGCCUCUGUACACCUAUGUAGAUAUUCCAUUAAAAAAUCAGCAGUUUCAAGCUACAAUAGCCAUUUACAACAUUAACAAUGUCUACACCGUAUUUCUGAUCAAUUUGAUGUUAUUUUAAUGGACAAAAAACCUGCUUUCUUUCGAAGACAAGGACAUUUCUAAGUGACCCCAAACUUUUGAACGGUAGUGUACGUAAACUGGUGUGUAAGCACAUUUAAUAGUGGUUAUGUACCCUCUCCAUCCCCGUAGGUGACCCAGGUCAAAGAGGACUUCCAGGACCAGAGGGAGCAAAGGGAUCCAAAGGACCUGCAGGUGAAGAAAACAUUGUGCUGCUAGAAUAAUCUCAGGCUGUCCUAAUAUAGACACCGUAAUAGUGAAAUUCUUCUAUUCUGUAUGUGUGGGUGUUAUUCAACAGGAGCUCCCGGGGCUGAUGGGGAAAAAGGCUCUAGAGGUAAGAACAACAACAUCCUUUUGUAGAUAGAAACCACAAUGCUAUCGCUUGGUAUAAAAAUAGUGUUGUCCAUAUAACAACUUUUAGAUUUUUAUAGGAUAGUUGAUACCUUUAUCAUUCCAGGUGACAAGGGAUCAGAUGGGCUGCCAGGUCCCAGAGGACCAGCAGGACCUCCAGGAGAUACAGGCCUCCCAGGUACAAUCAAUAAAUAAAUGUAUCAAUAUAUCAAUCAAUCCAUCCAUUCGUCCAUCCAUCCAUCCAUCAAUAUUUAGUAUUCAAUAUUUAAAUUUCAAUAACAUACAUUUUCCACUUGUUUCCGCUGUAGGCAUUCCCGGGCUUCAAGGUCCACCAGGUAUGACUCUUUGAUACAAAAGCAUUCCUUGAUUGCAUUUCAGAUGCAUGGUAUCUCAAAUAUUAACCUUUUUAUAACCCUCCCCCUCCACCCACCAUAGGUAUACCAGGUAAUCCUGGUCAGUCUGGAGCUAAAGGUAAUGUACCUAUUACAUACUUCCUCUGUCUUUAGUCAAACAGGAUUAUGCUUUCAUUCAAUCUAUCAUCAUAUUAUCUUCUAGGCGAAGCCGGAGAACCUGGUAGAGUCAUCAAUGCAGGUAAGUCAGAGAAAACGGCAAGGCGAAUUAGAGACAAUGUUACAUUGGUGGAUAGGUACUGUACAUCUGCACCUGUAUAUAUUUCUUGAGAUUACUUCAUAGUUCAGUGUCCACAUUAGGACAGCAUCAUAUGUUCUUUAAUAAUGGAUGGUCAUUGGUCAAUCUCUCCUGUUUGAAUUCCAGCUGGUUCCAGUUCGGUAGCCAUGCCCGGACCUCCAGGCAGCCCCGGACCACCUGGUGCUGCCGGAUCCCCUGGACUCUCAGGUUGGUACUGAAGCUCUAAAUUCUAAAAUGUUCUAACACAUUGUUAUACAGUUUGAGUAAACACUGUAUCGUCUUGACCAGAUCUAGAUGUUGGAGAUCUUUAUGAAGUUCCUCAUAGACUUUCCAUUGAAGUAAGGUAAGAUUUGUGCUCAUUGCUUCUGUUGUGUCUCCUCAGGUCCUGUUGGCCCUGCUGGUCUUCCUGGAACGCCUGGUAAGACCUAUUUCUCAGAUAUCUAAUGAGACAUCAGGGACCACAUACUGUACGUACUUUCCCUUUGAUUGUUCAUUGUCUUUGUCUCUAUAGGUCCCAAGGGAGAAAAGGGAGAGGAAGGAGAGAAGGGAGACCAGGGAAAGCCUGGUAUUACUGUACAGACUGUGGAAACCCAGCGAGAGUGAGUAUGUUUGGCUCAUAUCAAUGCAUUCUUCCAGACUGCUUGUAACUACCUGACUUGUGAACAUAUCUUCUUGUUUUAGAUUCAUUAUAGCAUAUCACUUUCUUAUUACCUCUAAACUUACCUUACCCCUUACAACAGAACGUUCACCUGUGGCUGGUCUUCCUGGCCCUCCAGGGCCCCCAGGAGAACCAGGUGCCCAGGGUCCUCUAGGUAAGCCAUGUAGUUCAUUCUCCAUGCACUUUAGGACUUCAGUGUAUUUUUGAAUGGAUACCUUUUUGAUUUACUUUUGUUCUGAUCCCUUUUUCUUAUGGAUUCUGUCCUUUUUGAAAAGCAAAUUCAUACUUUGUUCUUUCUCAGGUAAGGGUCUCCCAGGUCCUGAAGGUCCUCGAGGAGAGCCAGGUGUACCAGGUAAGCCAUAACAUUUCUACCUGAGAAAAAUGUACAAUGUUAUAUUGAAAUGGCAUUGUAAAAUAAUUAAGCUAUUGUAAGAACGGGUUUGCAUCAUCUGUUGCAAAAACCUGACCCAUUCCUCUCGCAGGUGUUGGCGUGCCCGGCCCCCAAGGAGAGAAGGGAGAGCCAGGUAGCUUCGUGCCCAACUCAGGUAGGUGGCCCUUACCAAAAAGACACUACACUCUCCAUACUGUAACCAUCUGAUCACUCAACACAAUCACAAUGACUCUUCUGUCAAAGAUGUCAAGAUUGAAGCUGUUGAUCAGUAUAUGAUAUGGUAUGAUAUGGAAUGUCACGUAAUGUAACGCAAUGUAAUGUUGUAAUGUAAUGCUGUGUUGUUUUUCAGGAACCUUCUUCGCUGGGCCACCAGGACCUGCUGGCCCAACUGGUCUUCCGGGAUCACCAGGUACAGAGGGGUCCAACUCACUGUCUAUACCAUUAGUGUUUUUAUCAUAGUCAAUUUGGUCUAAACAGAAGUUAUGUGCACUCAUCUUGUAAAUCAUUUUAUUGUUUCCUAAUGCAAACCAGGACCCCAGGGUUACCAAGGUAAGCAAUUGGAAAGGCAUUUCCAUGUCAAAGGGCUGGAUUGAUAUCAUAGUAGGCUAUGAACUGGCUUUAAUCACAUACUAUUUAUAGUUGAAGUCGGAAGAUUACAUACACUUAGGUUGGAGUCAUUAAAACUUGUUUUUCAACCACUCCACAAAUGUCUUGUUAAAAAACUAUAGUUUUGGCAAGUCAGUUAGGACAUCUACUUUGUGCAUGACACAAGUAAUUUUUCCAACAAUUGUUUACAGACAGAUUAUUUCACUUAUAAUUAACUGUAUCACAAGUCAAGUGGGUAAGAAGUUUACAUACACAAGUUGACUGUGCCUUUAAACAGCUUGGAAAAUUCCAGAAAAUGAUGUCAUGGCUUUAGAAGCUUCUGAUAGGCUAAUUGACAUCAUUUAAGUCAAUAGGAGGUGUACCUGUGGAUGUAUUUCAAGGCCGACCUUCAAACUCAGUGCCUCUUUGCUUGACAUCAUGGGAAAAUCAAAAGAAAUCAGCCAAGACCUCAGAAAAUAAAUUGUAGACCUCCACAAGUCUGGUUCAUCCUUGGGAGCAAUUUUCAAACGCCUGAAAGUACCACGUUCAUCUGUACAAACAAUAGUACGCAAGUAUAAACACCAUGGGACCACGCAGUCGUCAUACCGCUCAGGAAGGAGAUGCGUUCUGUCUUCUAGAGAUGAACGUACUUUGGUGCGAAAACUGCAAAUCAAUCCCAGAACAACAGCAAAGGACCUUGUGAAGAUGCUGGAGGGAACAGGUACAAAAGUAUCUAUAUCCACAGUAAAACGAGUCCUAUAUUGACAUAACCUGAAAGGCCGCUAGGCAAGGAAGAAGCCACUGCUCCAAAACCGCCAUAAAAAAGCCAGACUACGGUUUGCAACUGCACAUGGGGACAAAGAUCGUACUUUUUGGAGAAAUGUCCUCUGGUCUGAUGAAAUAGAACUGUUUGGCCAUAAUGACCAUCGUUAUGUUUGGAGGAAAAGGGGGUGGCUUGCAAGCCGAAGAACACCAUCCCAACCGUGAAGCACGGGGGUGGCAGCAUCAUGCUGUGGGGGUGCUUUGCUGCAGGAGGGACUGGUGCACUUCACAAAAUAGAUGGCAUCAUGAGGAAGGAAAUGUAUGUGGAUAUAUUGAAGCAACAUCUCAAGACAUCAGUCAGGAAGGUAAAGCUUGGUCACAAAUUGGUCUUCCAAAUGGACAAUGACCCCAAGCAUACUUCCAAAGCUGUGGCAAAAUGGCUUAAGGACAACAAAGUCAAGGUAUUGGAGUGGCCAUCACAAAGCUCUGACCUCAAUCCUAUAGACAAUUUGUGGGCAGAACUUAAAAGUCGUGUGCGAGCAAGGAGGUCUACAAACCUGACUCAGUUACACCAGCUCUGUCAGGAGGAAUGGGCCAAAAUUCACCCAAUUUAUUGUGGGAAGCUUGUGGAAGGCUACCCGAAACGUUUGACCCAAGUUAAACAAUUUAAAUGCAAUGCUACCAAAUACUAAUUGAGUGUAUGUAAACUUCUGACCCACUGGGAAUGUGAUGAAAGAAAUAAAAGCUGAAAUAAAUCACUCUACUAUUAUUCUGACAUUUCACAUUCUUAAAAUAAAGUGGUGAUCCUAACUGACCAAAGACAGGGAACUUUUACUAGGAUUAAAUGUCAGGAAUUGUGAAAAACUGAGUUUAAAUGUAUUUGGCUAAGGUGUAUGUAAACUUCCGACUUCAACUGUACAUGGCAGACUUAGUGACAAACCUAAAAUCUAUGUUUCAGGUGACCCAGGUCAGCCCGGUUUACCAGGAGUUCCCGGAGAUCCCGGUGUCGGUGAGUGGAUCAAAUAUUUAUCAGAAGCAUGGUUAAACAUGUAAGCCUACACCUGUGGCUUAGGUUACAAUCAACAUUUACUUCUGAAUUUACUUGAUCCUUUGUGUUGUUCACUGUGUUGUUUUCUCCCCAGGUUUCCCUGGACGACCUGGAGGUCCAGGACCAGAAGGGGACAGUGGACCUCCAGGGCCCCAAGGUCCAGAGGGCCCUGAGGGGCAGCAGGGUCCCAAAGGUACACCCUUACACCCCUUUAAAGAUGCAAUCCGGGAUCUUAAGCACUUAUGAAUUCGUAACAUAUCAUACGAAUUGCAAAAAUAGUAAAAACGGGGACCCAGUUUUGGCUCGUGAGCACUACUUUCAAAACUACUGGCUGAAAUUAUACAAAAGCUCUGGAGCAUCACUUUAACAAUGUUUAUCACUAGAUAUGGAUCAUUUGUGUAAAUUAAGCCUACUUAUAUCUGUAUUAGGUGAGGCUGGCGUUCCAGGUGCUCCAGGAAUCCCUGGCUACUCCAGUGGUGGAUCAUCCAGGAGUUCCCCUGGAGCACCAGGCCCACCUGGACCUCCCGGGGCCCCCGGCCGCGAUGGGCCACCUGGGUCUGGGGCUGGAACACCGGAUGUCCGUCAAUACAUCACAGAAUACCUCAAGAGUGAGUGAGAUGAUCUACUCUGCUUUUUCUUCAUUACCUCCAAUUUAAAGGAGUGGGGCUAAACUAUGUCCAUCCAAAGACCGUUACAAUAUUUGAUAGCAUACAUGACCUCCAUGGGACAAUAUGGCGAACAAAACCAAAACUAAAAUGGGGCCAAAUGAUCUGAAACCUUUUCUAUGCUACUGUUUAGCAAUGCAGUAACUUGUGCAUUGUGUUGUCCUUCAUGAAGGCGAUGGUGUCAGGGAGUACAUGUCGGGUCCUCCGGGUCCUCCUGGCGCACCAGGGGCCCCCUGGUGGUGGAUCAGUGGAGUCAGUGGACGACCUUGUUAGUCGCGUCAUCGCAUACAUCCAGAGUGAGUCCAGACAAUCCAACUUCUUAUCCAAAGCAUUACUUAUAUGAAGUAUAUCAUAUUGAAUGUUUACCUGGGUCUAAUACUUCUGUUGACAUUUCAGGUGGAGGUAUUGCUAGUGGGGUGCCUGGACCUCCAGGCCCGCCUGGCGCACCAGGCGGAGGCGGUAUAUCGCUAGAAGACAUCAUCAGCCUUAUACAGAGUAAGUCAGAUGUUUGAGUGCAGAUUUUGAAAAUCGGGAUGGAAUAAAGAGAUAACAUUGUGUCAAGAGACAGUCAAUGGUCAGUGAAGUGCCCUUGCCUGAUCCGUACCUCUCUCAGGGGAGGAAGUGCGGCGUUACGUCAUCGGUCCUCCUGGCCCUGCUGGACCUCCUGGCAUCCCAGGGAUCCCAUGGAGAGGUGGCUAUGGCUUUAACACCCAUGAGGUGGCUGGACGAGUCCUCACUCUAAUGAAUGGUAAGGAAUCACUGUUACACAGCCAUGUCAGAUUCACAUUUAGAUUCAUACACACACCAUUAGCUUCUUUAACCAUAGUGUAUGCAAGUGUUUCCCAAAUGGUGGGCCGGGACCUACAGGUGGGUCUUGGCUAGUAGUUCAAUUCAUUUGAAUUAGUCACGUGAUCAGAAUGCAGGGUUGUGAUUGGUUGUUGCAUCCGUCUGUCAUCAGAGCAGGGUAUGGUGGGUGUGCUCGGACCCCCUGGACCUCCCGGCCCACCAGGCCUACCUGGGUCUUAUGGUGACAUCUCUUAUCUACUGCAAAGUAAGAGCUCUGACUAGAGUUGUAAAAUUCCAGGGAACUUUCAAUAGAUUCCCAGUUAUUUCCGAAACCCCAGCUGGAGGAUUUCCGGAAUCAGAAGGGAAUAGCAGGAAAUCCGAAAUCCUCCAACCGGGGUAUCAGGAUCUAUUGAAAGUUUCCGGAAUUUUUGCAACCCUAGCUCUGACUACGGACUUUAUACUAACAUUAGCGUUUAGCACAUGUUUUUUCCGCAAGAGCUAAAGGACAUGGUUUUGGCCACACAUUACAUUCCAAUCAUCUAUCAUAGGUCUACAGCCAGAGUGACUUACUGGACAGUCUGCAUAUUUAUUCCUAUUAACAGUUUGAUUGAUGUCAGUUCUGCCUGUCCUUUCUAGAUUCUGAAUACAGAGGCAUCUUGGGCACUCAGGGGCCUCCUGGUCCACCUGGUGUCCCAGGCCCCGCUGGCCCUCAAGGACCCCGCCGGUCCUUCAGGACUGGCCCCCUACAGCGGCUCUGGAUACAGGCUGGAGGAGGUCAAGGACUACAUACAGAGUGAGUAUGGUCAAAUCAAUAACGGUUUCAUAAAUGGUUUUCUACUGAGUGGAUAAUGAUAUGGUAUUACAGUACUUUCCAAAGAUUCAUAGAGUUACAGCAGUACAGAAAUAGUUAGUUUGCCAUUAUCCACCCUGUAGGUCUAAACCAGGAAAUAAAAGUGAAUAGAUUACUUGAAACGCCUUGAGCCUGUACAAUAGGUUAGCCUAAUUACAUCACUUUAUGGAUGUCCGCCCCAAGAUAAAAAGGUUACUUAUUAAAAAGAAAAAUAGACAUUGCCAGGGGAUUUUACAGACUCCCAUUCAUUUCAAAGCAAUCAUUUGUCCUUGGCAUUGAGUUAACUGACCCAGAUCAGUGGGUAUCAGUGGGAAUAACUGGCAUAUUGUAUUUUCCUCUCCAGGUGAUGGUCUAAGAGGGGGCAUGUUUGGGCCCCCCAGGCCCCCCAGGUCCCCCUGGACCCCAGGGACACAAGGGAGAGCAGGGUGACUCUGGGAACGGCCACGUCUUCGACCACAGGACCAGCGAGGGAAGCAGGCUGGCUGAGACUGAGACAGACUACUCCAAUAUAGCGGUCCGAGUGACUGACUACAUCAAGUGUAAGUGAAACUGAAUAUCCAAUACUGUCAUCGCAGUGCUACAAUAUACUGUUCAGCGCUAGACACAUUUAAACUCAAGAUUUAAACAAAAUUCUUCAAAGCUUAUUUGUUUCCAAUGACAAUGGAUCAACGGAAUGGCACAUUGACUUGAAUGGGAAUGCCAGUUCUAGUAAUUCCAUUUAUAUGCCAAUGGGCCACACAUGUUGAUAAGUAAAGAUAGCGACCAUCGACAAUGAAUGAAGAGUCCUACUUUUGCUGGUCAUUGGAUGUAAAUGCAUAUGCUAUCUCUGAUCUUGAUUGUAUCCCAUCCCGUAGCCCAUGGUCUUUUGAGGGACGUGGUUGAGAACCGCUCUCAGCUGGAGAAGUCACAGGUUGUUCAAGGACCCCCAGGACCCCCUGGCCCACCCGGUGCUCCAGGAUUCAGCCAUGUGUUUGGUUCCCAUAGUAACGCCACUGACCUUGUGGAAUACAUCAGAGGUGAGAAUAAUACAGUAUAAAUGCAAUUCAUUGACGAAUAUCAAAUUAUACAUUUUAAUUAAGAACAGUACCAGUUGUCAUGUCCAAUUUUUUUACAAUUGAACAUUGUGGGGCUUUGCCCUUGUGCUUGGACCCCAAAUGCUGCUUGCAGCUUUAACUGUAUAUGAAAUAACCUUAUGUAUCCUCCAUAGCCCAUGGAAACAUUGUGGGACCCCCUGGGAGGCCAGGACAGAAAGGGGACAUAGGACAUACAGGUCACAAAGGAGAGAGAGGUACCAUUUGAACCAUUACACCUUUUAAAUCUUUAGAAUUGCGCUCUUGAUUAUUUGCCAGGUCUUUGUAAACCAUUGUGUUAAGCCACUUUGGUGAUCAGGUGAGACAAAGUCAUAAAAUAAGUCCCAUUGUGACACUUUCACUCUGAAUUCUGGUAAACCAGGACUGGAUGGCAUCCCAGGAAGGACAGGCCUCCCUGGUCUGGAGGGGAAAAUGGGGGAAAAGGGAGAGAAAGGUAGGUCAUGUUAAUCACAGAGAUCCUAUUCAAGUUUUCUCUUUACCAACAUACUUAAGUUGCUACAGUAGGAUCCAUUCUAGGGAUACUACAUGUAAUUCUAUGAUGACAGUACCCUCAAUACAAGUGUCACUGCUAUGCAUGAUAUGUCUAUCUGACCUAGUUAUGCAAAAGAGAUAAUAUGGUUUCAUUAUGAUUUCACAUUUUUCCUCAGGAGAAUACACACUUGUGACGCACAGAAGAAGGAGGAAUGUCGGUGUUUGAGAAACAAAUGAUUGAUAAAUGCUCAUUAAAGGUGAAUGAAAGUCCGAUGAAAUAUGUAAUCUCAUGAGCAUACAUGUUUGGGGCCUAAUGCCUUGGAGACAUUACUGAUGUAAAUGUAUAGUUUUCUAUAGGAUAAACUGUUGAACAGUGUAGUAUUCCAUGCACUGAUGUAUUGUGUUGUUGAUUUUUAUUUGUAAAAUAUGUCUUUAUGAUCUAUUUUUACUAUAGUGUUUGAUAUGGGGUUUCUUUCCAAUUCACCUCCUUGCAUGUUGAUAGUGGAAAUAGUUCAAUUAUGUGGUGAAAAAUAUGACAGGGUGUGCUAUUUCUAUUCAAUAGCUUUUGUACUAUUGUGCUAUUAUCGUUAUUGGACUUUGAUAACGAACAAAACCAAAAACAUCGUCAAAAUCUCCUUUGAAUGUACUGGUAUCACUUUAUACAAAAUAAAGCUUAGUUUUAACUUAUUUAAUCAAAGUGGAACAUAAGGUUCACAUUGUUCAUUGUUGCUAUAGACUCACUCAAGAAACAAACAAGUACACAAUAUUGCAUACAGGAAAUUGUUUAUUUACAGAACAAUGCAAAUCUACAGUACAUAGGCAUUCUAUAAACUAUAAAGUAAACUCGUCUUAAAAAUGCACAUGACUUUAUCAUGGUAGUUCAAUUUCAAACAACAUUCUGAAAUCAAUCAUGAUACAAUUUGAAAAUCUGAAUGAAAUCAUGACACUAAUAACAUAACACAUAGUGAUAUGAUUGGUAUUCAAUUAUAUUUUCAAUUCAGCUUAAAUUUCAGAUUUGAAAUGAACUUUUUGACAAUUGAGGAAACUACAAUACUGUACUGUAGUAAAGAUACAUUUCCACAUAAAUAGCUACUGGCAGAGUAUCUUCAUUUUGUGAAAGGUGCACAGCACUCCUUCAUUGUGUAUGAUGUUUUGUCUUUAUUUGCCACUAUUACAGACCAAUUAAAAUAAAAUAGCAUUGAUUGAUUGUUGUUCCUGAAGCCAAUCAGAAAAGGGCGAGAUGACAAAUAGACCAAUCAGAGGUCAUGAUGGCCUAAACCAGUCAGGUCCAACAGUUCCUUUUUAACAAAUUAUUUUCAACUGUAUUGAAGGUUAUAGGCUACCACCACUUCAGAGUAGAUCAUGCAUAUCUAUGAUAAAAUAGGGUUAAAACUGUGGUUCUGAAAAUGUUUUCAAAACUGUUAAACUCAUGAUAACGUCAUAUUCAUUAUCCUUAGAUUAAAUAAGUAACGAACCAAACAUUUGAAUAUGAUACUGUAGGCUAUACGAAUAUAAAGAUCACUUGGGGCGGGAUUUGAACUAAGUCUGAUUAAAAUAACUACACAGAGGGCCACAACAUGAAUACCGUAUCUUCAUACAUUUUGUUGAAAACAUUAAGGCUAUUAGCUAGUAUGAAUGAUAAUAAAACAGUAUCAUAAUUUCCUUACAAACAAACCCAAAAGCCAUGCAGGUCAACUGAUGAAUAUGGUAAUGCAAUAAUACCUUAUUACUGGGAGGCAAUUUUUUAAACAAUACACAGACAUACCAAAAAUUGGCAUGAAAGUCUAACAAAACAGACCUCCUUAUAGGUCCUCACAGAUUUCUAUCGAAUGAUAUAACAACGCCAUUUCAGCAACCACAGUGAAAACCUUGUCUCUGUCUGGAUAUAAACAAACACCAUUUUAAUACCCCCUCCUUGAUAUGCUAAAACAAAAUGGGCACUUGCCGACUACGCCAAAUUACAAAAAGAGCAAAACAAAUCUCAAGAGUUGUGCUGAAGAUGAAAGGCAUGCUCAUGAAACCUGAAGAAAGAUACUAGCCUGAGAAUCUCAACCGAAUCACUCCGUAAGUAAAACAACAGUGAAAGUAGUGAUUCAGUUUGGACUCCCAGGCUAGAAGAAAGGAACCAUUUCCGACAAGAUAGAAAUCCCAAACUGUUGUUUAUAAGCUCCAAAAAAUAACAUUUGAUACCAUAAUUAUAGCAUAAGAAGUUGAACUUGCAUUCAAAUCCAUGCACAACUUCAGGCAGUCACUCCCUAGUCCAUUGGAAACUAAAUUCAAUAUCUUAUGAAGAUAUGUGUGAUGCAUAUAAAAUAUAUCAUGCCUAUGUCAAAAUUCAUUAUAAAAAAUGUGCUGCUCAUCUUUAACCAAAAGUACAUUCUUAUCAUAUCAUUAGCUCUCUCAAACAUCACCAUAGAUAUUGAAUAUAUAAGUACAUUAUACUGGACUUCAGUGGUAUAACAUUUUACUUUAUCCUUUUUAUUUAGUGCAAAUAACUAAUGAAAUAAAAAUCGAGCAGCAUUUGUUUUAUCAGAGGAAGCUUACAUUUGAAAAGCCAGUCCAUUUAAAUAAAAUUAUUCAGGCACUAGAUUAUUCAAGAAAAAAAAAAGAUUCACAAAUUAAAAAGAAUCAGCAAUUAAAAUACUAAAUCUGCCUGAGACACGUUAGUGACUUAGAGGCAAGGAUUGGAGUAACACGGUGCCAAAGUAUCGAAUUUGAAAAUGCAUAAUGUCAGGAAUCUCCUUCAUAACUCAUUUCAAAAGAGGAAGCUAUAAGACAGUAAUAAUAAAACUGGUUGUGUUCAGUCAGUGGAAAACGUUUUGAAAUGGAGUGAAACAGGGAGGUACUACUUCUACAAUAAGAACACAGAUUCAAACUUUUGCUACGGUGUGCCCAACUGAACACGACCCUAUACAAUGAAAAAGGGGUAAAUUAUAUAACAGAUCACCAUUAAAAGGGUAUUCAUGAUUAACACAGUCUGUAGCUUGAGGGGUACUGUCCCAUCCUCUUCCAGAAACCGAUAGAUGGGUACACACACCCUUAGAGGGGUACAAACACACCCCUUGGAGAUAGCCCCCUUCGUCCCCCUGACUGUCAUCAGCGGAGACGGGGCAAGGCAGCAGAGGCUCAGUCUUAUUAGUGUGUGUGUGUGUGCCCGUCUAUUUGUGUGUGUGUGUGUGUGU